CUUAUGUUUCGUCGUUAGCCCGGUUACAAUCAGUAACAAUUUGCCCGCGAAAACGGUUAAAACGUUGAAGCGCGAUAACUUCGACAGCGUUACGGGACUGCAAGUGAGCGAGCGAGCGAACGAGCCAUGUCAACACAAAACACACCCAAAAUGCCAACGCCCCCCACAUUGCCACCGGGCGUCACUAAAACGUGUCACAUAGUCAAGCGAACCGAUUUCGAUGGCUACGGCUUCAAUUUGCACUCGGAGAAAGUGAAACCAGGUCAAUUCAUUGGCAAAGUGGAUGCCAACUCACCAGCAGAGGCGGCUGGCCUGAAGGAGGGCGAUCGCAUUCUGGAAGUCAACGGCGUAUCCAUUGGCAGCGAGACACACAAACAGGUGGUGGCUCGCAUCAAGGCCAUUUCCAAUGAAGUGCGACUGCUGUUGAUCGAUGUCGAUGGCAAGGCCAUUGACAUCAAGUCAGACACGACAUCUGCAUCUGCAUGCGCAUCUGCAUCGGCAUCCGCAUCGCCAUCGGCAUCACCAGCAGCAUCUCCGACUCUGAAUGGCAAUGGCAGCAAUGGCAACAGUCCACCCAGCUAUGAGGGCACAAAGCAAGAGCUUCCAGGCGUCAGUGCCAACAUCAGCAGCAUUAGUGUGGUCAGCACAAAGCGCGUCUCGAAUGCAAGCAGCAUUCAGAGCGGCAGCACAAUGAACGCCAGUGAUAUGGAUGUGGUGGACAGAGCCACGCCCGUGACACCUCCGGCUGUUGCUGCUCCCAUCUCAGCCACGCAGAAUGGCAACAAAUCUCCGCCGGCAGUCAUCGGCGACAACAACAACCUGAUGAUGAGCACACCGCCGCCUCCAUCGGCCACUGUGGCCAAUAUGAAUAACAAUGGCAACAUCUACAACAGCAGCAACAGCAACAGCCACAGCAGCCCAACAAAUCCCACCAGCAGCAUAACAAAUGGUAGCACAAAUGCAAAUGGCAAUAUCAGCAACAGCAACAGCACCAACAACAGCAGUGCAACACCAUUGACAACAGCAACCAAUACGGGAACGAAUCGGGCGGGAAGUUUGAAUUUACCGCUGACAGUUGCCGAGAUGAGAGCCAAAUUGGCAUCGAAGAAGAAAUACGAUCCGAAGAACGAAAGCGUUGAUCUAAAGAAGAAGUUUGACAUCAUUCAAAAGCUUUGAGAGUCCGUCGUCAGUCUCAAAUCCAGAUACAAACUAAAUCCAAUCCCUAUAUCAUGCACAUUCCAUUGCAAUCACCGUACUUGUUAUUAUUCUACACAAAACUCACAAA